CAUCCAACCUCCCAUUUCCUCUCACAUAUCAUGGCUAUGGCGUCGCCCAUUCCGAUUCCCAACCGGGGUAGUAGCCUGAGUCGAUUGAGAAAACAAAGCCUCAUUCGGUGCUGCUCCAAAUCGUCGGGUGAUAGAUCACUUUCCAGACUGGCGCUUAUGGAAAAACCCACUACCCCCGUGUACAUCAAUAUCAACUCGAUAAAAUCCAGUGUAAAUGCCGACUCCCAUCCUUUGGAACAUGACUUCCAAGAUAGUGACAAUGAUAGCGUAUUUGAUGACAGCUUUGAAAACAGUAGCAUCACUUCGGCAAACUCCUCGAUAAACUCCAGUUUCAAUAGCUGUUUAAGUUUGUGCAGCCCUCCCACCGGUAUGAAUAUCAACCGCAAGUCUAAAGGGGUGUCCCAGAUCCAACUCUUGACCAUCAACAGCAACUCCACUCCAAGCACAUCUCCCACCAACUUAAGCCGACUUUUAAAGUCUUUACCAGUAGCGCCAACCCCAAAGCCUGUUGCGAACAAGUCAAUUGAAAUCAGAGACUUUUUGAAUGGCGAGCCCACGCGGUUCCAUGAAGCCCUCCCAUCAGUCGAACUCCAGACAUUCAAGACAACCACCGCCACCCCCACCGACUCGUUGUGGCCUGGCUGUCGCAGCUCCAACAACUUUCGAAACCGCGACGAUCGCAUCAACUCCAGCUUCUUGAAACUCUACGCCAUCGACUUCCAGUGUCGCUCUACUGGGUUGUUGCCUCACUCCAACCACGACCCCAUCCGUCCCGAUCAGACCCAGUUCCAUGCCCAGCACAAUAUGCACAAGCUCUCGGCCCGUAGCAGAGAUAAGUUAUGGCAGAGCAUCAUCUUGGCUCCUCGAUCCGACACCACCCCCACACCAUCAAUCGACCACGGCAACUACGUGUUUGUGGGUGGCCAGAAAUCGUCGGGAAAUAGUUUGACCAUGAAGCAUGGCGACAUUUUACCGUGGUCCCACGACAACAAACCCAGCUUGAAACCCACUGGAAUCCUCAAGACUUGCAAGCCCUUGGUGAACGGAACCAACCCCAACUCGGGAGUUUCACACUGUCAAUACACCAUCAAGGGAUGGAGCAAUACCCGGUGGCUCGAGUGCUCGGCCACCGCCGCUUAAUGACAUAACGACCUAAUGAUCUACACGACACUUAUUUUAUAGAGUAACAUAGUGAAUCCACGUAACGCGACUU